UCCUGCUUGGAGGAGGAGGCGGGCCUCGGUGCACCUAAACAGUCAGAGGGUUUAUGUGCUCGCCUCAGUCUUAACUCUACCGCAACCUCAACCUUCAGACACUAAAGUCCGCUUCUUUCCCUACAUAUUUAAGCUCCGCGUCCGUUUUUGUAUGUCACAGGGGCGAGACGACCCCCCGGAGAGCGAUCCCUCGACAGGACGUGAUAUGAGCCGUUCAUCGGCGUGAAGCGCAAGAGAAGAACCGCAAGGACAGGGACGUGCGCCAGGCCGAGAAAGCCCGAGUCGAGCCGAGCCGAGCCGUCGCGAUAGAAGCCACCAUGCCCGGCUUCGACUACAAGUUCCUGGAGAAGCCCAAGAGGCGCUUCCAGUGUCCGCUGUGCAGCAAGGCCAUGCGGGAGCCCGUCCAAGUGUCGACCUGCGGCCAUCGCUUCUGUGACACCUGUCUGCAAGAAUUUCUAAGUGAAGGGGUUUUCAAGUGUCCGGAAGACCAGCUGCCUUUGGAUUAUGCCAAGAUCUACCCGGAUCCGGAGUUGGAGCAGCAGAUCUUGGCGCUGCCCAUCCGCUGCAUCCACAGCGAGGAAGGGUGUCGCUGGACCGGACAGAUGAAGCAGCUGCAGGGUCACUUCUCUACCUGCGCCUUCAACGUGAUACCCUGCCCGAACCGCUGCUCGGUCAAGCUGACGCGCCGCGACCUCCCCGACCACCUGCAGCACGACUGCCCCAAGCGCAAAGUCAAAUGCGAGUUCUGCGGCAGCGAGUUCACCGGCGAAGCCUAUGAGAACCACCAAGGCGUGUGUCCCCAAGAGAGCGUCUACUGCGAGAACAAAUGUGGGGCACGGAUGAUGCGUCGCCUGCUGUCACAGCACAGCAUGGCCGAGUGUCCCAAGCGCACGCAGCCAUGCAAGUACUGUGGCAAGGAGUUUGUCUUCGACACCAUACAGAACCACCAGUACCACUGCCCACGUUUUCCUGUCCAGUGUCCCAACCAGUGUGGAACGCCCAACAUCGCCCGCGAAGACCUGGCCAAUCACGUCAAGGACAACUGCGGCAGCGCCCUGGUUCUCUGCCCUUUCAAAGAUGCUGGCUGUAAACACAGAUGCCCCAAACUUGCCAUCGGCCGCCACCUGGAAGACACCACCAAGUCGCACCUGACCAUGAUGUGCAACCUAGUGGGACGCCAGCGUCAGGAGAUCCUGGAGCUGCGGCGGGAGAUGGAGGAACUGUCAGUGAGCCACGACGGCGUUCUUAUCUGGAAGCUGAGCGACUACUCGCGCAAGCUGCAGGAGGCCAAGCUGCGCAGCAACCACGAGUUCUUCAGCCCGCCUUUCUACACGCACCGCUACGGCUACAAGCUGCAAGUGUCGGCCUUCCUCAACGGCAACGGCAGCGGCGAAGGCUCGCACCUGUCCGUCUAUAUCCGCGUUCUGCCCGGAGAGUACGACAACCUCCUGGAGUGGCCCUUCGCCUACAAGGUCACCUUCUCCAUCCUGGACCAGAGCGACCCAUCGCUUUCCAAGCCGCAGCACAUCACCGAGACGUUCAACCCGGACCCCAACUGGAAGAACUUUCAGAAGCCGUGCAGCGCCCGCAACUCGCUGGACGAGAGCACCCUUGGUUUCGGCUACCCCAAGUUCAUCUCGCACGAGGAGAUCAAGAAGAGAAACUACGUCCGCGACAACUGCGUCUUUGUCAAGGCUUCAAUCGAGAUUCCCCAGAAGAUCAUGGCUUGAGGGGAAAAACUGACUUGACUGGUAAACCUGGAACACUUGGAUAACCCUUUAGACACUUCCUACCUGACUGACUCUAAAGACCUCCGUGUGUCAGAUCCCACAAGAAAAACGCCUUGGAAAUCAAAGAGUGCCUAGAAGUUUAUCUUUUGCUUUUUAUUCUCCACUCAUAGAUUGUCAGAUUAAGGACCUGCUGGUACGGACCCAAUGGAAGGAAGUGAAGGGCUUCACUCUGCACUUAGAGAUUGAAACUUGGAUUGGUGAAACUAAAUAGAGAGAAGGCAAAAUUCAGCCUGCCUUGUGUUUGUUUACAUCCUCUUGUAGCCCACCGGACUGGUGUAAAGGUGCAGCUCUGUUCACCCUUUAUGCAAACAGUUUUCCACUCCUAACUGCGCCCUUCUAAGGAAACACGCGUCUUAUCUACUCAAGUUGCUACCUCCCUGUCAAUGAGGUUUCACGCAAAAACAGUAGAAUAAGCACCUUGUGUUGGUCUUCUGAUCAUCCCCCCUUUUGCUCGUCUUCAUCUGGUUUGCUUUCCCCCAAGGCUUCUUCUACGCAUAAAUAAUGUUUCAGUCUAGAUUUGAGAACAUUUGGUACCAUGGCUUGAUCUGAAUCUGAGAGGUUGUAACUAGGAGUGCAACGGUUUUCGGUUCAAAGCCGAACCGUACGAUUCGCCCUGUACGGUUCAAUACGCCUUUAUGAACCGCGCCUUUUCGGUUUUGCAAUUAAUUUAUUCCGAACACUUGUGGAAUGAAUUGGUCGAGCACUGUGUGCGACGCGACAGCUGUGGAGAAAUUCCUGCCCCGCAAGUAAAUGUCCGAUCGCUGUCAAGCACCUGUCUAAUAGAAGCUGAGUAACGCCCUCUCUCGCUUACGAGCGAAGUGAAAGUGAAACAAGAAAGAAAACAAAAAGCUAUGGCGAGCGGAGGAGUGGAGAGACCGAAUUUUGAGGAAGCACUGGCUUCUUUCAAAUCUGCGGUGUGGUAACAUUUCGGUCUCCCCGUGGACUACAAUGCGGUGGGAGAGAAAAUAGGAGGGAGAGAAAAUAUUGAAAAAAAAAUAAUAAUAAUUUGCAAGCAUUGCUCAGCGCUUGUUCCCUAUGCUAAUGGCAACACUUAUAACAUGACUCCGGCAUCUCAGCCGGCAUCACCCACAGAUAUCACUUUCUCAGAGCAGGACAACCCCGGAGAUGACGCCAGUGAAAACACACGGCGGGCUUCGUUAAUUUAUUUGCAACGCUUGACCCGAGUUACAUUGUUCCCUCGCGGACAUAUUUCUCCAGCAACGUAUUCCCCGACAUUUAUGAAAUGGCACGCAAAGCCAUCGAAGACGAUUUCGCUAAAGCACAUAGUUUCGCCGUGACCACUGAUAGUUGGACGUCCCGUGCUACAGAGUGCUACUACCUAACUGUGACGGUCCACUAUAAUUCAUACCUGUCAAGUUGUACGGUCUCGGCGUAAUUUGUACAAGUGAGCACUGAUUUUUAAAUGUGUACGCCGUACGUUACGUUCAAAUUCUGUACGUUUUUUUUCCUCCGUUAGUUAAUACGUUAGUUGAAUGACGCGAGAAAAGUCAGAGGCACGGAGAGGGAAGAGUGUUUGUUGUGACGCUGUAGCAAACACGAUGCUAGGCUAGGUGGCUCCAAUAUUUCCUGACUGUAGCCGACAGCAUGCAGCCUACGCCUAGAUAUCUCAUGCACAUAGAACUACAUGUGAAAUGACAGACUAGGUAGCGUUAGUAAACAGCCGCCAUUUUAGAGCAGUAAACUUCUCAGAAAGGCUCUGUUGUAGUGAACCUUCCUAGUGAACCUAAUUAACUUUUUAUCUAAAAUACUCCUAAAUCCGCAAAAUCUUGAUUUGAGUAUCUUUAAAUGAUGAAACAGUUUUAAAAUUUUUACAUCUCAAAAGUAGACAAAAGGGAACUAAUGCAAAAACGGGAGCAAUUUUAUCAACUUUAAUGGUUGAUUCAGAACAUUAAAUGACCUCCAAACAUAGCAAAGGUUACUAUGUUGUUGUUGUUUUUUUUGUUUUGUUUGUUUUUUGUUUUAUUUUUUGAAAAAAAAAUGAAGAAAAAAAAACAUGAAAGGUAACACCAGUUACUUUGCCAAGUAACUUUUUUACUACUGUGUGUUUAUUUCAGUAGUCAGUCACUAAACUAGCCAAAGAGCUAAGAGGCAUUUUAACAGUUGAACAUGUUUACAUUUUAAGUGUUUAUUUCAUUUUCUUAAAAGCAAAAUAAAGGCAGUUAAUUUUUUUUUUUUUUAAUGCAAAAAGCAAACCGAAAGCAAAUUGAAACCGUGAUCCCAAAACCGAGGUUCAAACCGAACCGUGGGCUAACUGAACUGUUGCACCCCUAGUUGUAACAUUGGCAAUUGUUAGCAUUUUCGAAGGAAGUUUCUUCUGGGUGGGUUUAAUAAUCAGCCAGUCAUGAGGAAUUCUCACAAUGACCACAUAUUUUUUUUCUCAAACAAGCCCCCUGACACCUGUAUUACCUGGCCACAUGAAAUUUGUUACACUUAUCUAUCAUGCGUUGACCCGCAAACAGUCUCGUGCAGCCAUUCCUGAAAAGACACAGCAAGUCUGCCAUUUUAGUUUGAAGUAGGGCUACAGCUAUCGAUUAUUUUAGUAGGCGAUCAAUCGAUGAACUACUUAGUUCGAAUAAUCGAGUAAUCGGAUAAGGAACAUAAAAAAAUCAAAAUACCUUAGCUGAGCCUCAAACGGUUUAAAAAAAAUAAACAAAUAAAUAAAAAUCUAGGUACAACAAAAGAACAAUUGGCUAACUUACAUAGUAAAAGUCCGCUAACUUAAAUGCUAUAAAAAUAAUAACUAGGGCUGUCAAACUAUUAAAAUUUUUAAUCGACUUAAUCACAGCUUAAAAAUUAAUUAAUUGUAAUUCAAACCAUCUAUAAAAUAUGCCAUAUUUUUCUGUAAAUUAUUGUUGGAAUGGAGAGAUAAGACAAGACUGAUAUAUAAAUUCAACAUACUGUACAUAAGUACUGUAUUUGUUUAUUAUAACAAUAAAUCAACAAGAUGGCAUUAACAUUAUUAACAUUCUCUUAAAGCGAUCCAUGGAUAGAAAGACUUGUAUUUCUUAAAAGAUAAAUGUUAGUACAAGUUAUGGAAAUUUUCUAUUAAAACCCCUCUUAAUGUUUUCGUUUUAUUAAAAUGUGUAAAAUUUUCAAUUAAAAAAUAAACUAGUAGCUCGCCAGUGUUGAUGUCAUUACACCAUUCUCACUCCCCAAACCCAUAAAAUCAUUUGGACCCAAGCGCCAGCAGAGGGCGCCAAACAACAAAAAACAGGUAGCAAGUAACAAGCAGACAUUACACUGCGGUCAUUUUAAUCUGAGCGAGGCAUGUGUGUUAAUUGCAUCAAAUAUUUUAACGUGAUUAAUUUUAAAAAAAUAAUUACCGCCCGUUAACGCGAUAAUUUUGACAGCCCUAAUAAUGUUUUUUUUUUUUUUUUAAUUAAUUUAUUUAUUUUAUUUUUUUUUUUUUUUAUACAAUGCUCUAAAUAAAUUGUUCAGACACAUAUUCCAACAAAAAUUGGCUGAAUAUACCUUUAAACUAAAUUACGAAUGAAUGAACAAAAACAUUAGCUCAAACAAAAACUCAGCUUAUGUUGGUCUUAACAGGGAGCAAAUGGAUUCAGCCAUGUGAAUGAGGCAGACUACAGGGCAGUGUAUCCACCUAAAUCAAUAAAGUUAAAGGCAAACACUUCAAAACAAACCAUUACAACGCCACUUUAAUUAAGCGAAUACUCGAAGCAGGAAAAUUUAAUUUGAAUAUUUUUUCUAAUAGAAUACUCGAGUUAAUCGAUUAAUCGUUGCAGCACUAGUUUGAAGCAACCAUUUUACAAGUAAUUACAUAGAAUCCCUGGUUCUUUAAAAUUUUCUUUUUAAAAAAAUAAGCAAUCAAAUGAAUUUUCACCAAGCAACAUAAAGUUUGGUAGACAUCUCUCCUGAGGAGGGGUGUGACAAAAUAUCGAAAUGGUGAUAUAUCGUGAUACUUUGUAUUCCACAAGUUUAGCGAUAUGCUCCUGCCAAGAAUCGAGAUAUCGUUUUGAAAAGGUGUCAAUGUCUUUAAAAAAAAAAAAAAAAUCAACCAAGUUGCUACCAAAAUGACAUCCGUCAUAAUAAUUCAGUAAUGCCCAUGAUAGUGUCGUGUCAUGUCAUAAUUAUGACGUUCUUAUGACAGUCUUAUGAUGCCGCUGUCAAACAAAGUGUAACCUAUUAACCCAAAUAAAUCAUCAAAUAAGCCCCACUGGACUAUAAGCCGCAGGAUUCAAAAUGAGGGGGAAAAGUAGCGGUUUAUAGUCCAAAAAUUAGGGUACCUAAUUUCCUGGCAUUGACUGCCACUACCGGCCAUAGAUGUUCAAUCCGCUUGAAAUGGGAGGGAUUGAUGAAUAUUCGUUCAUUCGCUGCACACAUCUAUCAUGAGUAGACCAAUGAAAAAAAAUUUCUGAAGAAGUGAUGCUCGAAAAGUCACCAGAAGUGGGCCAUAUUGGCUUGAAGUAGCCAUUUUAUCAUUUUGCCAAUUUCAACAGCAUACUCCCUUUGAUUUUAUCCAAUUGCUGCCGAAUUUAAAUGAUCUAUAGACUGUAGGUGCUGUUUAAUUGUAUUGAAGGUUUUGAAUUUGCAUGUGAGCAGAGCUUAAUGGUGAAACUAAUAACGUGGGAAUGUGGUAACAUGGCUUUUUGAGUCUUGGGUUUUUUGUUUCUUUUUUUCGAAGAACAUGUAGCAGGGGGGAAGGCACCAGAGAACAUGAACGACCAGUCUGACCAAUUAGUGGGAUCAAAACAUGCAUUUAAAAGUGAAGGAAAAGCCAUGUGGCCUUUUAUAUCUAUAGUAUGAGCUCGCAUGAGAGGACAAACGCAACACACGUGCAUGCUUCAUGUACUAACAUCUGGACAACGUUUUGUACUGUAACCUGUUCUCUUGAAAAGCCCCUCCAUAACUUUUUUGCCCUCUGACUCUUUGUUUUGGGAGAGUUUUAAUGUCUUUUUUUUUAUAUUAUUGCUUGUUUUUGUAAACAGAAAAUGUGAAAAUUGUGUGUGACUAUGCUAACCUUUUCAAUGAAACGACAAGUUGACAUUGGCUGUAAAUUGAUUUAUGUGCGCUGAGAUGGUCUCCAUCACAGCACAUCCUACUGGACGGAGGACUGUAAAAUGUACAUUACUGUUGACUCACAAUGUUUCUGUGAAUACAUCAUGUACAAAUACAGAAGCACAUUCUGUCCUUUUUCUUACUAAACAUAUACACACAAAGACACACUGAUUUACUCUCAUAAUACCAGCUGAUAUUUUACAGUGAUUUCAAAGAUGUUUUUGUACGAUUCUGUAUUUUUAAAAGAAAAAAAAAAAAAACAAGCAUAUCCUUUUGGGCUGUUUUCUACCUUUUGGUUGGCGAGUCGGGGACGACUUGGAAAUUCUGCCUGUCUGUCUGUCCGUGUGUCUCACCUGUUUGAGCCUCACGUGUUCUAUCUGUAUUCAUUUCUUCUUUGUUAAAAAAGAAAAAAGUAUUUAUUUUAAGGCGCCGCCUGUUGAUGCAGACGGCACAUAAAGUUUUUUUGUCAUUUGAUGAGUGCUUGUCAAUUUCUCAGUUGAAAUAAAAAUACCAUAU